AGAGAGAGUGAGAAAGAGUGAGCGGGGAAGCGCAGCGUCGCCACAACUGUGAGAACUCUGCACGCCGCGCACGACCUACGAGGGGCUCAGAAACGCCGAAGCUUCCGCUACCGUGACGACGCGUCUUCAAAAAAAAAAUCAUCCCGUCCAUUUAAGAAGAAAACAGGAAUCAUGCCGGUGGACGUGGAGGGGAUUAUCCGCUCCAUCGGGCGCGGGGACGUGAGCGACGUUCACAGCCGGCUGCAGGAAUUCAACGCUGAGUACGCCCGCUGUUUCUUCUUUGACGCCGAGGAGAGGGACAGGAAGAACCAAAGAAAACUGGAAGAGUUCAGGAAGAAUAAAGUGAGGGAGAGCAGCGAUUCCAACUCUGACGGCGACGAGAGUGACCGGGAAGACCGAGGUCCGCUCCUCAGACGGAGUUUGGCUGCGGUGCUGGUGAGGUUCAUAAGAACGGGAAUCCCGUCUCAUCUGCUGCAAGUGGCUCUGCGAAGCCUGCGGAUCCUCUCCCGCGAUAAAAGGGUCCUGGGCCCCUUGGUGACCGACGACGCUCUCCUCACUCUGGCCCGAGCGGCGGGCUUGAGCACCACCCGGCCAAACGACGACGACGACGGCGAAUCCGACUCGGAUUUCUACAACCAUGUCAUCUCCUCCCUCGCCCGGGACGCCGACGACCCGAGCCGAGAGCGCUCCGUCUUUGACGACGAUGCCGACCAGGCGGACCUCGGCGGCGGCGAUUCGCACAGAGGCAGCAUCCACCACAAGGAGCUGCAGCAAGGGAGGAAGGACCGCCGAGAAAGCAAAAUGGAGGGCGACGAGGAGGAGGAGGAGGAAGAGGAGGACGGUGUGCCGGGCGAGGAGGUGCAGAGGAAGGAGGCUUUGAAGGUCUUGUGUAACGUGGUCUACAACAGCACCUGGGCGCAGGAGCGCUUCAGCGCCCUCAGGCUGAUCUGCGGCCUCCGAGAGCGUCUCUCGUCCAGCGCCGCUUCCUCGGCUCCGUCCAGCGUUGACUUCUACCAAUUGCGACUCGCCUUCCUGGUGACCGCAUUGCGGCCCGAGCUCAGCGCUCAGCUUCAGCAGGACGGCGGCGUGUCGGUCCUGUCGGCCGCCCUGCAGGGCUGCCUGGAGGUGCGGUGGAAGGAGCAGUACGAGUGCGUGCUGGACCCCGCGGCGCCACCCGUUUCUCCGGAGGCCUCCCAGCGCAUCGUCGAGAUCCUCAAAAUCCUUUUCAACAUCACGCACAGAUCCCACAGGCAGGCGCUCACUGAGGUUGACGCAGAUCUCUACCGCCACCUUGUGGCAAUUCUGCGUCUCUGCCUGAUGCGGAAAUGCGUGACGCCUGAGGACACUGAUGAACUGCAAGGUCACACAGUCAACCUGUUGUCAGCGCUGCCUCUCCAGUGUCUGGAUGUUCUCCUGACGGUGCCCUUGGAGCCCGACUCGGAGCAGUGCCGCGGCGUCAACAUGGACUGCGUCCAAAUCCUGCUGCUGUUUAUGGAGAGGCGCCUGGAAUCGGGGGAUAAAAUCAAAGAGAAAGUGACGCCAAUCCUCAAUCUGCUGACCGAGAGCUGCCGGGCACACAAAGAAACGCGCCACUUCAUCAGGACAUACGUUCUGCCUCCUCUGAGAGACGUUUCCCAGAGGCCGGAGGAAGGCUGCACCGUCAAGAGCCGCCUUAUCCGUCUCAUGACUCACCUGGACACGGACCUUAAGCACUGUGCCGCCGACCUCAUUUUUGUCCUCUGCAAGGAAAAUGUCAGGCGUUUUGUCAAGUACACGGGCUACGGCAACGCGGCGGGGCUGCUGGCCACCAGGGGUCUUUUGGGGGGCCCGACAGCCAGAACCUCCUGCGGCGAGACGACCUACUCCAGCGACUCGGACUCCGAUACCGAGGAAUACCGUCGCGUUAAAGACAGAGUCAAUCCGGUGACCGGGCGGGUCGAAGCGCAGCUGCCGGACCCCAUGGAGGGCAUGACGGAGGAGGAGAAGGAGGAGGAGGCCAAGAGGCUCAUUAAAAUCUUCAACAAGCUUUCCAGGGAUAACGUCAUUCAGCCAAUGGGAGUGGACGCCGACGGGAAGCUGGUCCCGAUGGCGGGACUGCGGGACGAAAGCCCGACUGAAGAAUCGGCCUCAGACAGUGAUACCGCUGAACUUGAGGAGAAACAAUGAACUACGGUACUCCGUUCUUUCAUUCGGAUGUCCCCCCCCCCCCUAAAAAAAAAAGAUCUCACGGCACACACACGAGACACCGAAUUGGCGAUUUCAUCUUACUCUGUUCGAUGACGAUAGCGAUUAAAGAAUUGAUGACGACGGGA